AAAGGGAACUGAGAGAGCCCCCAGACGCCUGAGUCGGAGAGACAGGGGGCAGAGGUUGCCAAGCCCUGGCUGCCACUUGUCAGGUUCCCUGUGCUAGACAUGCAUAAUCUGUAUUCCAUCACUGGGUACCCGGACCCACCAGGGACCAUGCAGGAUGAGGAGGAGGAUGAUGACUAUGAGAACUCAACACCUCCCUACAAGGACCUUCCUCCCAAGCCAGGGACCAUGCAGGAUGAGGAGGAGGAUGAUGACUAUGAGAACUCAACACCUCCCUACAAGGACCUUCCUCCCAAGCCAGGGACCAUGCAGGAUGAGGAGGAGGAUGAUGACUAUGAGAACUCAACACCUCCCUACAAGGACCUUCCUCCCAAGCCAGGUUCAAGUGCUCCACCAAGACCUCCAAGGGCAGCAAAGGAAACAGAGAAACCCCCACUUCCUUGCAAGCCCCGGAACAUGACAGGCCUGGACCUUGCCGCUGUCACCUGUCCACCUCCUCAACUGGCUGUGAAUCUUGAGCCUUCUCCAUUGCAGCCAUCCCUGGCCGCAACUCCAGUCCCCUGGCUCAAUCAGAGGUCUGGAGGUCUUGGCUGCUGCCAGAAGAGGUGGAUGGUGUACCUGUGUCUGCUGGUGGUGACUUCCCUGUUCCUGGGCUGCCUUGGUCUCACUGUGACCCUGAUUAAGUACCAGGAGUUGAUGGAAGAACUGAGAAUGUUAAGCUUUCAGCAGAUGACGUGGCGAACAAAUAUGACUGGCAUGGCAGGGCUAGCUGGCCUGAAGCAUGACAUUGACCGUGUAAGAGCUGACACCAACCAGUCCCUGGUGGAACUUUGGGGCUUAUUAGACUGCCGCCGAAUUACCUGUCCUGAAGGCUGGCUGCCCUUUGAGGGCAAGUGUUACUACUUCUCCCCAAGCACCAAGUCAUGGGAUGAGGCCCGGAUGUUCUGCCAGGAGAAUUACUCUCACUUGGUCAUCAUCAAUAGCUUUGCUGAGCACAAUUUUGUGGCCAAGGCCCAUGGCUCUCCACGGGUGUACUGGCUGGGGCUGAAUGACAGGGCCCAGGAAGGGGACUGGAGGUGGCUGGAUGGGUCUCCUGUGACAUUAAGCUUCUGGGAGCCAGAGGAACCCAAUAACAUCCACGAUGAGGACUGUGCUACCAUGAACAAAGGUGGCACCUGGAAUGAUCUCUCUUGCUACAAAACUACGUAUUGGAUUUGUGAGCGGAAAUGUUCCUGUUGAAGCCCAGGGCCGAGGCUGGGGGUCCAUAUUCGAGUGUCUCUUUGAGACGAGAAUCUCCUGCCCUUUCAUGGACGGCCUUGCCUCUUCGUGAGUGGACACACAGAUGUGCCCCAAACAGGAUUGGCACCCUGGAUGCAGCAAGUUCCCAGGGGUGCAAGUCAGGCUGUUUCUAGAGUGAGGACUUGGGCUUGCCCUAGUAGAUGGUGAGCUGGGGGGAUGCUCAGAGCUUGGUGGUGGGAGGUCUCCCACUUCUGGGGUUGAAAGGAUCUUCACUAAGUUCCUGAUCAUGACUCUUGGGAAGUGAUACUAGCCCUGAGGACCCUGGGGCUGGUGUUGAACCUGGGAUGAAAUAUCCUGGCGCCUCUGAACCACAAAGAGCUGGGACUGGGCUCCUUUUCCUGCAGCCUCAAACUUCUGGGCUCAGGCGAUCCUCCCAUCUCAGCCUCCUGAGUAGCUGGGACUACACAUGCGCACCACCAUGCCUGGCCAAUUUUUUGUAGCAUUUAAAGAGAGGGAGUCUCACUAUGUUGCCCAGGCCAGUCUCAAACUCCUUGCCUCAAUUGAUCCUCCUACUUGGGCUUCCCAAAUUGUUAGGAUUACAGGUGUGAGCCACUGUGCCUGGCUCAAAAUUGUUAUUAUUAUUUUUAUAGAGAUGAGGUCUUGCCCUGUUGCCCAGGCUGGUCUCAAACUCCUGGGAUCAAGCAAUCCUUCCGUGAUGGCCUCCCAAAGUGCUGGGAUUACAGGCAUGUGUCACCGUACCUGGCCGAUAUUUUUAUUUUUAUUUUUACUUUGCCCAUCUUUUCCUUUUUUUUUUUUUCAAACGAAAGCUUUGAAAGUGGUGACAGCAAAAUUUCCCUUUGAGCUAGACUUCUAGAUCUGCCUCGCACAGAAAUACACUAAGUGGGCUGGUCUCAUGUAGUCCCCACAUCAUUGCAAAUUACAAACCUAAAAAUACAGAACAUCAGCGGAGAAGACAGGAGAGCUUCUAUACUCACCCCAUGUCGUCCUCUCCAGACACUGCUUCCUUCCUGGUCUCAAACAGCACAAAUAACCCAGAAACCAUCAAAAUUAUUUUUGACCAACAACUUUCUCAAUGUCUUGGGUAAGGUUUGCACAAGCUAAGUGGCAGAAUCAGAGCUUUGCCAGAAGACUUGGCCCAUGGAACUUCUAUCCUUUUUUUUUUUUUUUUUUGAGACAGGGUUUCAUUCUGCCACCCAGGCCAGAGUGCAGUGGCGUGAUCAUAGCUCACUGCACCCUCUGCCUCCUGGGCUCGAGUGAUCCUCCCGCCUCAGCCUCCCAAGUAGCUGGGACUACAGGCGUUCACCCUCACACCUGGCUGGCCCAUGGAACUUCUAGAAAGGCAUACCAGCUGAAAAGCAAGACCCCUACAUAGUGUGGCCAGGCAGGCCAUAACCUGGUCAUAUCCACACAGGACGACGAUGGACCUAUCUGCCAACACGUGCCCUUGAGCUAUCUGUGAGUUGUAACGUCUUUGAUGAUAUAACUCACUUUACUUGCCAGGCACAGUGGCUCACGCCUGUAAUCCCAGCUCUUUGGGAGACUGAGGUGGGCUGAUCACCUGAGGUCAGGAGUUUGAGACCAGCCUGGCCAACAUGGUAAAAUCCUGUCUCUACUAAAAAUACAAAAAAAUUAUCUGGGCGUGGUGGCACGUGCCUGUAAUCCCAGCCACUCGGGAGGCUAAGGCACGAGAAUUUCUUGAACCCAGGAGGUGGAGGUUGCAGUGAGCCGAGAUUGCACCACUGCACUCCAGCCUGGGUGACAGAGCAAGACUCCAUCUCAAAUAAAUAAAUAAAAAUAAAAAUUCACUUUA